UUUAAUGUAUUAUUUUCUCUGGUAUUAACGUGUUCCUGUGAAAUACCUCCGGUUCGUUAUCUUACCAAUUUGUUGUUAUCUCAUCACUUGUGCUAGAAGCUGUCGUCUAGCACUGCUUGGUGCACAUGCAGUCUUUAGUGCCCGGCUUUCAUGUUUCAUAAAAAACAUUUUUUUAUUUCCAUAGUAUAGCAAUGUUAUCUGUUUUACAAAAUGAAGACGACGCUCGAGCAGUCGAACAUGCAUUUAGAACAGAGAUACAUACUAUUGUGAGUGUUAUUUCUAGUAUCAACAGUGCCAAAAUACAGGAAUAUCAAAGUAAGUUGACUAAGAAGGACAAAUAAAACGAAACGCUGCAACGAAAAGUUACAACCGCAAAACGUGAGGUCACAGCAUUGCGAGGCUCGAUUGAAUUUUCUGGAAAUGAAUGUCAUCAAGUCAGGUCAAGCACUUAUGCACUUUCACCAGAAAUGCAAAGAGGGAAAUCAAUUUGCAAUGAAAACGAGGUCACGGUGGAAGGACUCCUCCACAGGUUUUUUUCCCAGUGCAAAGACACAUCUCUUCCCACUGGGGCAUCAACUAUUUAUAUGUCCCAUCAACAGAACCCUAUUUCCCAUUCUGAAGAAGAGUCGCGGUUUUUAGCAGAGCUAACCAGAGGCCAGUCCCCAUCACCCAGUCCAGUCACCAGACCAGUGAUAAAAGAGGAGCCCUCUGACAUUGAGACAUUCUACAUUAAAUGGGAGAUGAGUGAGGAGGGUAUUGGGGAGGAACGGGAGGGCCUAGGCCUGAUACACAUCCUGGGAAAAGAGUACGAAGCCCAGCAGACGGGUGGAACUCCAACCAGGCAAAGAGACGGAACUGGUAGCCAGAGUGGACAUGAGUAUGGGGAGAGACCGACCAGGCAUCUGAAAAGGAGGCUGUCAAACGCAGAGACACAGAGGAGGUUCAGAGAGAGAGUCCAUGCUGACCCUGAGAAGUUCCGGGCCUACAAGGAGAAGGAACGACGCAGACGGUGCUGUGAUUGAGCCACCCCAAAUACAUUUGACACGCGACGCGCGCGAUUGGCGCGGCGGAAGUGAACUGCGAGGUCUCAAUGCAGGGACUCCUGGGCUUUCAGCAGAGCGAGCCAGAGGCCAGUCCCCAUCAGCCAUUCCAGUCACCAGCCCAGUGAUAAAAGAGGAGCCUGCUGACACUGGGUCCUUCUACAUCAAAUGGGAGAUGAGUGAGGAGAGUAUUGCAGAACAACAGGAGGGCUUAGGCCCGAUGCACGUCUUUGGGAAAGAGUCUGAUGGAACGUCUUCUGUUGCUGGUAGCCAGAGUCCAGGAGAUAGACGUUCAGAACAGUCUGAGGAGACAUUGACAGAGCAUGUGAAAAGGAGGCUGUCAAGCGCAGAGACACAGCGGCAAUACAGAGAGAGAAUCCGUGCUGACCCUGAGAAGUUGCGGGCCUACAAGGAGAGGGCAAAAUGCCGGGAGGAGGAGGAGGAUGAUGAUGAGGAUUGGAUCAGCAACUUUCAUGUCCCUUGGCAGCAGACGCCUGAAAGCCUCAGGCGAGCCAUUGCAGAGGGACAAAGAGUCGAGGCGGCAGAUAGGCGGCUGAUGGUGAGGAUCACCGUUGAUGCAAUGCGUGUACACUGCCUCAACCCCAACAAGAAAGUAUGUGCAGAAAUAGCCAAAGCCAUAGUUGCAGAAUAUCCAGAGAGCUUUGCAGACCUGUCAAAAGAAGGGGAACUGCUUAGUAGAAGGUACUCCUCCUUGCUCACCCAAAUAAAGACAAGAGUGGAGCAUGUGAACCGGAACACUGAAAAUAGAAUACGCAGACCCAAGACGUGCAAAAAAGGGGAACACAGCAACAGACAAGCCAAAACAGCAAGAACAAAAGUGGACAGUUAUGGGUGCAUCAACUGGCACCCACAGGACCUUCCGGAAGGAGAGACUCCUGAGUCCCUGGAAAACAAGAGACAGAUUAUGGCCACCAUUUUCAACAGUGCAGGCCCCAGAGGUGUGGACAGGGGAGAUGUGGAUGAAUUAAUGAGGCUUACGUACAUUAACCAACGCCACAUGAUCAAUGCAUGGCCAGCCCCAAGCAUCGGUGACGUCAAGGAACAAUGGCCUUUUCUUUUUACCAAGAGAUGGCUCUGUGCCCACUUCCACAUGCUCACUGGAGUUGAGAUCAACAGCUGCCUCAGUGGCGCUCUGCUGAGCAAGGGAAAGACCAUUGUCAAUUUCUUCCGAAGUCAGAAACCCAACUGGAGGAGAGGCAUCCAAAGUCUCCUCAAUGACAUUGAAGGUGACCUCAGUGGAAACAACAAGGACCUCACAGCCUGUGCUGCCAUUCUUCUGGUGCUAUCCCACUUCAGAGAGAAAGAGGACUCUCUCUUCCUCUUGGCUGAUGUGAAUGACACCCAGAUGGAUGUAGAGGCUCAGUUGCAUUUGCCGGCCACUCCAAGACUUAUCAUGCUUGGGAGUUCCCUGCUGGCUUCAUCUAAAUGGAUGGUGUCGCUCGAGGGGAGAGUGGUCUGUGUUUUGGAAAAUCAGUCCGACUUUGCUGCUGCCCUCUCUGUGCUCUUCGGCUGUUUCUACGUGUUCAAUACAGAGUACCAGGAGGCAGCCUCAGCAACACUGGAGCUUAUUCAGAGGUUUCUAGUAGGGAUCAACCCAAAUGAAGGAACCAAAUGCUCUUCAUACCUUGAUUCAGAAGCCGGGGUGAGCCGCAGGACUGGAAGAGUUGUGCAAAGGAAGACCGAUGCAGUUGCCACCUUCCUCAAAGACCUGACUGAAUUUGAAUGGUAGAAACCGUUUCAUAGGAGAUGCAAACACACAAACAAGGACGCACAUACAUGAUGAAUAGCUUCAAAUGUUGUAAUGUUGCUCUUGUUUAGUAUCAAUCAAUCACCACUACAGAUUGCAAUUGAGAUCUAUCAUGAUAUGCAUCUUGGAAUAUUUGUCCUAUGUUUCUGUUGGCUGGCCCUGUCUGUGAUGGGGAAACGUGAUUGUAUAACUUUUGUUAUAAUGAUGUUCUAAAUGAUUACCGGAAGUGUUUUUUUUGUUGACAGAUUUAAGAUGUUUUGUAGAGUUAUUGUAAACUAAAUCAGUGUGAUAAAUUCUGUUUUGUUCGGAACGAGUUCCCAUUUCACUACAGUGUGAAAGGGGCAGUGCAGAUGAACUUGAUUUUCCUGCUUUUAAAAAAAGAUAUAUUUCCACACGAUGAGGUUGUAAUAAAACUGAGAAAUUGUGAAAAUUAUGCCCUUUGUUGUGUAAGAGCUGUUUGAAAAUUGGCUGGAAUUUCAGCCUGUUCAGUUGGGAUGGAACUUUUGGCCCACCUCAUUAUGUCGCAAUGUGAUCUGAUUAUAAUAGACCAAUGAUUGUUCAUAUGGGUAAGGGGGUUGGCUCUAGACCAUUCUGUCAGCCAAUCAGAUCUGUAUAUGUAAAUAAUGUAUAUUCAAAUGUGUUUCCUAACGCCCACAUGAUCAAACUGAGCAUUUUAAGGGCCGAAGGAGGCUCAGGGAAAUACAUUUACAUUUAAGUCAUUUAGCAGACGCUCUUAUCCAGAGCGACUUACAAAUUGGUGCUAAAUGGUUAAACAUACGUUGAAUAUGUUGUAAGUUAUUUUCAUUAAAUAAACACAGUGAUUUGUUAUA